ACAGGGCCUCCGAAAAUAGCAUUGUCAAUAACAUUAUUUCAGAAAAUAACAAUAAAUUACGCAUUUCGGCGGGUUCAGCCAUCUACCGUGAUAAUUUAUUGAUGUGCUUUGUGAUAUUACAUAAUUUGUGACAGUUACCUUUAUAUAAUAAUGUUAGCGUUUUACCAGCCAUCUUCUCGCUUCCAGUCGUUCAGAAGAACUGGAAUCGCUGGUUGUCUGCGUUGCUAGUUGCAGCUCAUUUGGCAGCGCUCACUUUUCAAUUUUCACUUCUCAAGCCUCCAAGACCUCAUCCAGCAUGGUUCGCGCUAUCCGCCCCCCUCGCCCUACCUACACGAACUCCCAAGUCUCGGGGUUUUACUUCCGCCCGUGUCGCGACGAGAACGACGAGGUGAUUCUCGAGUAUUUCCGUUGCCGUUGUGGCACGGUUCGGAAGCAAACCCAUAGGAACGGGUACUCCAACCUGAUGCAACAUAUCAGGCGGGAGCACCCUGACUACGAGACCGUCAUGCUCGACGCUACGACGGCGGAGACAGGCUCCCUCGUGAACUUCGUCCGCCACUCGGCGCUCAACCUCCACGGCUGGAUGGUUUGGAUUGUCAUGUGCAACCUGCCACUCUCUUUUUGUGAGAGCCGAGAAGCUCGGCGGUACGUGUAUGCAUAAGGUCAUUGUGUUUACAUUACUACGGAAACUAACAACUUUACUUUAUGGAUGUUAUUCAGCUACUCCAGCCUGGACCCCAUCUCGGAGGAAACGCUGCGGGCUGGCAUGGACGGGGUCGUCGUCGCCGUCGAGCGUUCGAUUCCGUCGGAGCUCCCAGCACGCUUCGGCAUCAUGCUCGACGGCUGGACACACGCAUCUGAGCACUACAUCGCCGUGUUCGCGUGCUAUGAGGUGAACGGCUGUCCCAAGACAACGCUACUCAGCAUGGCCCCGCUGCUGGACGCGCUGGACGACGAUCUCUCCGCGCAGGGCCAUCUCGAGUUUCUAGCGACCAUGCUGCCGCGCGAUUACGGCGUACAGCUGGCGCAGUGUCGCUUCCUCGUAGCUGACAACUGCGCCGUAAACCGGCGGCUGGCAACUCUUAUGAGUGUGCCGCUUGUUGGUUGCGCAAGCCACCGCCUGAACCUUGCUGUUCAGGCGGACAUGGUGUCGCAUGAGGAGGACCUGGCUGCUGUGCAGGCGCUCAUGGUAAAAUUGCGUACUCUCACCCAAUCUGCCAAACUACGGUUGAAAACGCCACUUCGGCCUGUCAUUCGCCAGAACACGCGCUGGAGCUCUACGUUCGAGAUGGUACGGCGCUACCUCCAGCUCCUCGAGUUUCUUGACGCCGAAGACGACGACCUCAUGGACCUGCUGCCGCCGCCGGCGAUGAACAAGCAACUGCGGGCAUUGUACCAGGAGCUGUGCGACAUCGAGUCGGUCUCGAAGGCCCUUCAAGGCCACGACGUCGACCUGCUGGACGUUCGCGAGUGGUUCGACGAGCUGAUCGCUGUCAAGCCACAAUAUGGGCGCUACAUUG